GGAGAGACCACUACAGAGAUAUCGCCGAGACAGACACUCAGACACGAGAGUCAGAAAGAAAGGAUUUCUGCAGGUCAGUCUGUGAGGACAUCAGCUCCUUCUUUGGCAUAUUGAUGGCAGCAGAGCCCCUGACUGAAAUGGAGGCGGCCAUUGAGACCAUAAUGGACAGGAUAUACACUUAUGCAGUGAUAGAAGACCGGGGUUUGUACCUGACCUUCAAAGAGGUUAAGAAACUGGUCUACCAUGAGCUACCUCACAUAAUCAAGUAUGUGAAGUCUCUAGAUGAGAAGAUGAAGAGCUUUGAUGUGAACCAGGACUCGGAGCUGAAUUUCAAUGAGUACUGGAGACUGAUCGGGGAAUUUGCAAAGGAAAUCGAGAAGGAGAAGGUCCUGGAGAUCCAGAAGAAGUAAAGCCUGCUUGUCUGGAUGGGGGUCAGCAGGGUCUGCUGGGCUUGGGCAUGCAGAAUUUCCUUCUCUCCAAAUAAAGCUUCCUCCUUGAAACACA